CAACAACAACAACAACAACAACAACAAUAACAACAACAACAACACUAGACAGCCCACCAGCAAGGUAAUCUCAGCACUUGAGCGAGCAAAGCAACAAGCAACCAUGCCAGAACGAGCUGAAUUCACGCACUCAGGGUACGAGCAGAUCACGGAGAUCAUGGAAGAAGAGGAGGUGUAUCGCGAGCCAGUGACCGUCAUGCAGCUCCUGGCUGACGAGGAAAUCUACGAAGCGGAGAGAAGCUUCGCCUGCGCAAACAUGGCCCUCGUGGCAUCCUACCGCCCCAUGGCACUGGUGGAGCUCUUUCGCGCUCUCUCAAACACCAAUGACGAAGGCAAGGAGCUUGUGCAAGCACUCUACGACCACACGGUCAACCUGGAAGACUUUUACGCCCACAUGGUCGGCAUCAUCCGGUACGGCGAAGACGAAGCCUGCCGGCAGCAUGCAGCCAUCCUUGUCGUUCUCUCGGAGCGCAUUCGCGAAGACGCCCCGCAGCGCCAUGCCCAGUAACUGACUCCUUCCCUCCACCACUCUCCCCAGCACGAUUACACGAUCCCACUCAAUCCUAUUCGUGCCGUCCAUGUAAGGGUUUCUUUACUGAAGUCACACACUCUAUCUGACACUGCCUUCCCUCCUUCUGUAACCCACGGCUCCCCUUCAACCCCCUCAAUACACAGCAUCAUGUAUGUAAGCAAGAA